GAAGUUUUCAUUGUUCAUUCAAUCUGUCGGAGUCGGUCGUUUAACUAUAAGGAUGAAAUUAACAAUAUCGUUGGUGGUUUUUGGGAUUAUCUGCCUCACUGCUAAAGGUGCAAGUUCAAACAUAUUCGAAAAAACCUUCAGAACCUUACAUCAAGAACCUCCGCCGCCAUUGAGUAAAAGCCGGGCAAGUGCCACCAUCAAAUGGAUAGAUCAAAAGUUAGAUAAUUUUGAUUCAAAAGAAACUAGGACUUGGCGAAUGCGAUACAUGUCGAACGAUGAAUUCUUUGUGCCAGGUGGACCGAUAUUUAUAUUUGUUGGCGGGGAAUGGGCUAUUUCAAGUGGUUACCUAACAGGAGGACACAUGUAUGACAUGGCCAAGGAACACAAUGGAGCCAUGUUUUACACAGAACAUAGAUACUACGGACAAAGCAAACCGACUGAUAAUCUAAGCGUUGAGAAUCUUAAAUACUUGGAUGUAAAACAAGCUUUAGCCGACUUGGCUAACUUUAUAACAACCACAAAGCAGACGGUUGAAGGAAUGGAAAAUUCUAAAGUCAUUUUGACUGGUGGAUCAUAUUCAGCUACAAUGGUGACAUGGUUCAAGCGCUUGUACCCCAAUUUAAUAGUUGGAUCUUGGUCUUCGAGUGCUCCACUUUUUGCUAAAGUAGACUUCGUUGAAUAUAAGGAAGUUACUGGUAGAUCAAUUAAACUACUCGGAGGAGAUGCGUGCUACAACAGAAUCAAAAACGGAAUAGCUGAACUGGAGAAUAUGAUUGUGAGCAAACGGAGUGCUGAAGUAAAAGCAAUGCUUAAAAUCUGCAACAAUUUUGACGAAACAAAAGAAUUGGAUGUCUGGACAUUAUUUAGUGAAAUUUCUGACAUAUUUGCUGGUGUUGUCCAAACUCAUAGCAAAAAUGAUAUUCAAAAUACCUGUAAGAGCAUUAUGGAGGGUGAAGACGAUGUAACAGGUGUUGCGAAAUUUAUUUUGAGAAACUUUGGCAACUCAGGCUGUUCGGAUGUUUCAUAUAAGGCUUUGUUGACAUCUCUGUCGGAAUCAACUUAUACAAGUGGAAUGAUGCGGCAAUGGUAUUACCAAACAUGCAAUGAAUACGGCUGGUAUCAAACAUCGGGCUCAUCAGCUCAACCAUUUGGAAGCAAGUUUCCUGAAGACUUGUAUAUAGCGACAUGCAACGAUGUGUACGGCACUCAAUUUACAAAUGAGACCAUUUACAAGAACGUUGAUAACACAAAUAAAUACUUCGGUGGCUUGAAUCCAAAUGUAGAAAAUGUUUACAUUACUCAUGGUCAGUUGGAUCCAUGGAGUGCAAUGGGAAUCACGGAUUCCGACAAGGCUACCGUUAUACCAUUAUAUGCUCAUUGUAAGGAUUUCGGAUCUAUCAGCUCAUCGGAUACAAGUGAAAUGCAAGCAUCUAAGCUAAAAAUUGCCCAAUUAGUACGUGAAUGGUUGGCAUGAAGUUCAAACUUUUGAGAAAUAUGUAUAUAAAAUUCUAUUUUUUAAAUACAUUUGUU